AUGGCGGCCUCUGCGGUGGUCAUGGAGAAGGAACAAGCGAUGGCUGGUUUUAAAUGUGCUUCGUGUGAUCAGCCACCACGGGACGGUAGGCUUAUUCGAUGUCUGCACACGCUGUGUGCGCUGUGUGUUGAGCCACAUAUCAAAGACGACAACACAAUUCAUUGUCCGAACUGCGCGGAGAUCACACCCUCUCCGGGUCCUAGGCGAUCUCAGUUGCAAUCUCUACCCAGAGCUCCAUUGGAGAACGGUGCUAUUGCUAGUGCCGACUCUUCAUCCAGCACCAGAUCUGCACGUGUUGUGUGUGAGGAAUGUGAUGAGGAAGAAGCAGCUACGUUCAAUUGCCAUGACUGCUCCAUGUUCUAUUGCACAGAUCAUGGCAAGGCUCACCUCAAGUCCAAAUCCACCAAAAGUCACAGAACUGAGCGUAUUUGUGAGGAUCCAGCAACCAGCAGCAACAUUUCGGAGCAGACAUCUCAAACUAGUAGAUGCUCGCUGCAUCAAAAGAUUCAUAAUGCAAGUUUUGAAUGGUACUGCACGGAAUGCAAGGAAUUCCUAUGCGAAACCUGCAGAGCCACCCACAGGAAAGCCCAUGUUCAGAAUUCCGACCAAGUGAUGCCCAUCGCUGAUGCUGCACGUAAUGCGCGCAGAGGAUUGAAGCAGAAAGUAUCGGAGCAAGGCACAAAACGCCUGAACAUAAUCAGCACUGCUCAAACAGCAGCCAAUGCUUCAACGGAGUUGCUGUCCGAUACGUAUGGUGCUUUGUCUUCAGAUAUCACUGCGGCGUUCGCGAAGUUGGAAAAGUUAUCGAAAGAGCGCUGUGAUGAGCUGCUGAGAGAAGCGCACAGCAAGUACUGGCAGCAGUCUAGUGUGUUGGAACGUCGUGUCGAGAAGCUGAAAAGGAAGAGGACACGCCUUACACGAAUGUAUGGUUUGAUUAAGUCCAGCACUGAAGACAUCGAUUUCCUGAGACUUCAUCCGUGGUUACUGGGGAAAAUGACCGAAGAGGACAAGGAUGCUGCGACAACGCAGCCGUUAACUGGUCUUGAAAUGCCGAUGUUCAAGUCGAAUUGCCUGGAUACUGCGGUCGAGGUAUUGCGGAAGAUUCGAAGCAUAGAAGCAGCUGAUUCGGACCCUGAAGACUCUCAGGCUGCCUCCAAUGCCAAGAAUUAUAAAUUCAGCCUUCGCCAAUGUCACCCAAAACUGGUGCUAACGAACGACGAUCGCACAAUCUACUGGACGCGCCGUGGUGCGACCUAUCGAAGUGUGUGUGUCGAGCCGUAUAUUCAAGUUGGGACAGUAGCAACGGCUAAGUUCCGUUUUGACCUCAACGCUCCCUAUCUCUCAGUUGGUGUUUGCAAUCCACUAGAGUAUGUUAGUGGACUAGAGAAGCAAACGUGCGAGGUCAGGAGUCAUAUCAAGUUCCGGAAUACUGGAGAAUGUAUCAAGGUGACAGCGGAUCGUCAGAAGCAUGUCUUGUCCUUCCAAAAGGAAUCUACGGGUGAGAAAUGGGCUGGAGGUAUCCUCUGCGAGGAAGGUGUCCUUGCGUUCUAUGGACUCUGUACAGACAACUUCAAUGAUGUGAGACUUACCAUACUGUCAUUCGUCAUUGUAAGUGAUGCUGUUUAA